CCAGCCGCCAGUUCCGGGCACGGGGGCCCCGAACCCCGUCGCAGCCCCUCAUGCCGCCCCUUUCGGUUCGUUUAUGAUUUAUUUGGCGUUCGUUGCGUCCGCAAAGUUGCCGCUCUGCCCCUUGACAGGUGACAGUAGGUGUCGCCACCGUCCAUUUUUUAAUUUCCAUUGUUUUUACAGACGAUUGUGAAUUGAGCAUUUUUUGUUAGUUUUGAGCGUCGAGCCGUGCGACAGUUGUGCGUCGUUUUUGAGGUUAUUCGCGCGUUGGGGGCUGCCGCCGCCGGCCCAUCGUGUCCUAGCGUCGAACGCGACCUCCCCGCACCCGAUUACCGUUCGGUGCGUAAAAAUCAGUCGCUGCAAUGGUUUUACCUGAACUCGGUGUCAAUAAACUCUGCUGAAGGUGUGCCGUGCAUAAAUCCGAUCGUGAAAGUGAAAAUUGCCAUUACCUAACGCUGUGCUUUCCCAAUAUUUUCGGCUGUCUGGAUCCGGCCAAGGAUGCGUUUCCUCUGGACAGGGAGAUAAGGGUUGAUGCCGCCUGAGGAGACCAUGCCACAGACCUUCGGGAGCGUCGGGGUGAGCUGAUCUAGGCCGUCAUGGCCGCAGACAUGAGGUCUCCCAACGUAUCCGUCACCCCCAUCAACAUGGAGCCCCCGUACCCGUCGACGCCGCUGACCAACUGCGACCUCCCGACGGGGGAGCCGCAGCGCACCAGGAGCGCGCCGCACCCCGGCCUCCUCAACGGCGACGUCCUCGACAGCUCCGACGCCGAGGUGGCGCAGAUCGACUUCCAGUGCGCCGUCAACAUGAGACACAAGAAGAAGAGGGACGGCGCCGACGUCCCCAGGCCGAUGUCGUGGGAGGGCGAGCUCAGCGACCACGAGAGGGACAUGUGCGUGGACGACGACGGCGGCUCGCAGGUCCCGGAGAACCUCUCCCUCUCCCAGCCGAAGCUCAACACCAUCGUGAGCCUCGACUCGAAGGAGAGCCCCCUGAUGCGGCUGAAGCAACCCCCGAUGGGCAACUACUCGAUCCACAGCACGCCCAGCAACUCGCCCCUGCUCGGCCAGAGGCACCCGGUGACCGGCGUCCCGAUGAUGGGGCACAAAGACAUGAUGCACAAGGCCUUGAACGUGCCGCCGACGCCGAGCCCGGACUCGGCCAUCCACUCCGCAUACAGUGUGUUCAGUUCGCCGAACCAGAGCCCCCUGACGCAAAGACAUAUCACGCUAACGCCGAACCUGAGCCGGAACAAUAGUGAUGCGUCCCAUUCGAGCUGUUGUAGUUAUUCGAGUGUUUCGGUUUCGGUCUCGCCGACGCAGCAGUUCUCGCCCACGCACAGUCCUAUUCAGGGUCGCCAUAUGCACAGUAUUCACAACAGCCCUCUACAUCACAACGUACUCUACAGAAGUCUACAGGAAGACCCCAGCGUCCAAUACAAUGACCACGAUGGCCUCGACGAGGCCGAAGAUAAGACUGGCUUAGUUCAUACCUCGCUCCCCGCCCAGCCGGGCAUAUCCAGACAGCAGUUGAUCAACAGCCCAUGCCCGAUCUGCGGCGACAAAAUCUCGGGAUUCCACUACGGGAUUUUCAGCUGCGAGUCGUGCAAGGGCUUUUUCAAACGCACGGUACAAAACCGCAAGAAUUACGUGUGCUUGAGGGGGGCGGCGUGCCCGGUGACGGUCGCCACCAGGAAGAAGUGCCCCGCGUGCAGGUUCGACAAGUGCCUGCAGUGCGGGAUGAAACUCGAAGCAAUUCGCGAGGACCGGACUCGUGGGGGCCGUUCGACGUACCAGUGUUCGUACUCGUUGCCGCCGUCUUUGGCCAAUCACGCCGAAUUGAGGGCUAGCAGUAACGACCUGAGACAGAGCGUGGAGGCGCACCAUGGUCUAACGGUCAAGCUGGAACCUGGAGAUGGGUCCACACACCACAAGCGAGGGACCGUGCCGGGGUCCAAGGGUGUCCCGCCGUUAUUGCAAGAAAUAAUGGACGUGGAGCACCUGUGGCACUACAACGAAAUGGAACUGAACAAACUGAGUACCGAAGGCCACCUGGGGAAAGAAGGUGGAAGCGGCGCCGUCCAUAACCUGUCGAAUCACCCUCUCCUCGCCGGUACCGCUCUAGCCGGCUCCACCGACACCAACCCCGACUUCGUAGCGAAUUUGUGCAAUAUAGCCGACCGCCGACUCUACAAGAUCGUCAAGUGGUGCAAGAGCUUACCCCUCUUCAAGAACAUAUCGAUCGACGACCAAAUCUGUCUCCUCAUCAACUCCUGGUGCGAGCUGUUGCUGUUUUCGUGCUGCUUCAGAUCGAUGUCCACCCCGGGCGAAAUCCGGGUGUCUCUGGGCAAAAGUAUCACUCUAAACCAGGCUAGAGACAUGGGCAUGCAAGCUUGCAUCGAGAGGAUGCUGAAUUUCACGGAGCAGCUGCGCAGGUUGCGGGUGGACCAGUACGAGUACGUCGCGAUGAAAGUCAUCGUUUUGCUCACAUCAGAUACGUCGGAGUUGCGCGAAGCGGAGAAGGUGAGGGCUUCGCAGGAGAAGGCGUUGAAGGCGCUUCAGGACUACACGCUGAGUCAUUAUCCUGAUAGUCCUGCGAAGUUCGGGGAGUUGUUGUUGCGCAUUCCGGAGUUGCAGAGGACUUGUCAGGUGGGGAAGGAGAUGUUGACGAUCAAGUCGAAGGACGGCGACGGGCCGAGCUUCAACCUGUUGAUGGAGCUCCUCCGAGGGGAUCACUAGAUGUGCCUUAUUAGCUUUGGUGGCGGGGUCAUACUUACAGACAGUAUUGCUUAUUACUCUUAGCUUUAAGUGGAAUUUUACGUACUUAGUAACGUGCUGGACACUCGAUUCACGUUUCCAGCAUGUCUGAUAUUGAAACUGACAUAGUUAUAGUUUGAGUUGCAGCUCUGUACAGACAUGCGGAAAUUUUAAGGUUAGGUUUGACGGAAUUGUAUAUAUAUUUUUAAAUUAAGUUUCUAUUUUGAUAUUUUUUAUUAUAUAUUAUCUGAGGCUAUUUAUUGUGCCGAAACGUUGACGAAUUUUUCUAACAGUUAUUUUAGUAAGGCGUGCUCAAAGUAUCUAAUACGAGUCGGGCAUAGUUUUUGCAAUCGAUUGUAUAGCGCUUCGUGAUUGGUCAUCGAGUGGCCAAUCGAGUCACGUUUUCACGUUUACACGGGUCACUCGAUGAUGGAGCAUGAAAGCCCUACUGUUCCAUUCCAAUGGCGUGUUGAUUUCAAGCGGUCAAACUGCUUUGCACGUAACGUAACGUACUCAGCGUAACGCAUGCGCAAUCAUGAACAAUUAGAUUAGCCAUCCUUGACGUCACGUUACGAAUUACGGUAUGCGUUGCGCUCGUGGACAAGACUAUUGUUGUAAAUAGUCUUUUUUAUUUAUUCAAAAAAAAAAUAAAAAAUAAAAAUAUUUUUGUAGUGCCAACACUUUAAAUUUGUCUUUCGUUACGCACUCUAUUAAAAAUUGUUUUAUUUAUUUAUUCGGACGCAACUUGUUAUUUAUUGUUGGCGUUGACUUUUAAAGUUGUGGAAAAUUUUAAUGCACGAUUUUCGCUGCAUGAUCAUCUGUACCAGUGUCAAUAUUAAAAAAAAAAAAAGAAAAAACAUAAGACUUAGGGGAGGCCUUCCAUGCCUGCAUACAAUGCAGUAUUAGCCCUAAUACUUUUUGUACUUGUCAUUUACUAGCAAUUUAUACAAAAACAAUUUUGUAUUGAAAUAUUUAAAUAUACAUUACAUCAAAACAA